CAAGAUUGGAACCUGACUUCUGAGGACCGUCAGGAGGACUGGAAGAGAAAGCUACCGCCUUGCCUGUUGUCGUGGACACCCACCUCCUUCCUGCCUGGCCUACGUGGCCCCAUCGUCCAGAGUCACCCAAGGUGGUGCGGUGGCGAUGCUGGCGGCCAGGGACGCAGGCCAGGAGGCUGGCCUGAGUGAUUCCGGCAACAAGGACAGGGACCUGCAGGUGCUGUUCCAGGAACUCUGCCAACUGCAGGCCAAGCAGAGGAAGCUGAAGAGGGAGGUGGAGAAGCAUAAGCUUUUUGAAGACUAUCUGAUCAAGGUCCUUAAGAAAAUCCCCAAGGGCUACAACCAAGGGGAGGAGCCAGAGGAAACCCCGGUGGCGGCCAUGGUGGAGCACUACGGGAAGCUCUUCACAGUCAGCCAGGACAUCCAGAAGCGUCUCGAGGCCUUCCUCGAGAUGAACCAGGCCGUCCACAAGAGUCUGGAGUCUCUAGAGGAGGGCCACAGGGCUCUGAUCCCGCGCCUCAAGAUUCGGCUGUGCCAGCUGCAGAGGAGGUGUCACCGCAAGCAGGAGCAGUGGCAGCAGCUGGAACACGGGGUCGCCCACCAGAAAGACAUGGGCAGCUGUGAGGUGGGAAGCAAGGAAGCCUCAGCUGAUGACUCUGAAGACUUGAAGUGUGGGACUCUGGAGCUGCCCCGAAAAGAGCUGCUCAACUACGUGCAAGUGGCCAUCAAUGACAUGGUCCAGCACUGCUGCUCUGCCCAAGCUGUGCCCAGGGGCAUGGGCCUCUUCUCCAAGCUUGACCUGAUCCAGGAAUUCAUGUUGGACAAAAUGGAGACUGUGAGAUUCGUCUCACUGCUCACGGGACCCAUUGUGUGCUGGACAGCAAACAACCCCAAGGACCAGGGCCUCAGAAGCUACCCCAGGCCCUUCAGGAAACAUUCAGCGAGUGAAGACUCAACCCCCAGGAGCCUCUUCCCCAGCACCCAGACCUCAGAGUGCUUCAGCCUAUGCUGAGGCAGCCCGGGGCCUCCAGGCUGCCAGCA